CAAUUGACUUGAAAAAUUAAAACGAUUCAAAUCUCUUACAAACAACGCGAAAUUUACAAUUUCUCUUUAUUUUCAACGCUAUUUCAAAUUACUAUUGCUACGAUUUUUUAUCUGAUAUUACUAGUGUUUAUUUGUAAUCAACGAAAAUGCCAUCAAAAACAUCGAAAGCCCCAGCUAUUGGUAUCGAUUUAGGUACCACAUAUUCUUGUGUUGGUGUAUUUCAGAAUGGUUCCGUCGAAAUCAUCGCCAAUGAUCAAGGCAACCGAACAACACCCAGCUAUGUUGCCUUCACCGAUACCGAACGUUUAAUUGGUGAUGCUGCUAAGAAUCAAGUUGCCAUGAAUCCAGCCAAUACCAUCUUCGAUGCUAAACGUUUGAUUGGUCGACGAUUUGAUGAACCAUCAGUCAAAUCGGAUAUGAAACAUUGGCCAUUCAAAGUUGUCAGCGAAUCUGGAAAGCCGAAGAUUGAAGUCGAAUUUAAAGGUGAACGAAAACGAUUUUGGCCUGAAGAAGUUUCUGCUAUGGUAUUGACCAAGAUGAAGGAAACGGCUGAAGCAUAUCUUGGCCAGAAAGUUACUGAUGCUGUAAUCACUGUACCGGCUUACUUCAACGAUUCUCAACGACAAGCGACCAAAGAUGCUGGAGUGAUUGCCGGAUUGAAUGUAUUGCGAAUCAUCAACGAACCGACUGCAGCAGCUAUUGCAUAUGGACUCGAUAAAAAAGGUGGUGGCGAAAAGAAUGUUCUUAUAUUCGAUCUUGGUGGUGGAACAUUCGAUGUCUCGGUAUUGACCAUCGACAACGGUAUAUUCGAAGUUAAAUCAACUGCAGGUGAUACUCAUCUUGGUGGUGAAGACUUUGAUAAUCGUUUGGUAAACCAUUUUGUUCAAGAAUUCAAACGAAAAUUCGGCAAAGACAUCAUGUCGAACAAACGAGCAUUGCGACGUCUACGAACAGCUUGUGAACGUGCUAAACGAACAUUGUCAUCAUCAACUCAAACAACGAUCGAAAUCGAUUCAUUGCAUGAAGGAACCGAUUUCUAUUCUACGAUCACUCGAGCACGAUUUGAAGAACUUUGUUCAGACUUGUUCCGAUCAACAUUAGAACCGGUCGAAAAAGCUCUUCGAGAUGCCAAAUUGGAUAAAUCUAAAAUCGAUGAAAUUGUAUUGGUCGGUGGUUCAACUCGAAUUCCAAAGAUCCAGAAAUUAUUGUCCGAUUUCUUCAACGGUAAAGAACUCAACAAAUCCAUCAAUCCAGAUGAAGCUGUCGCUUAUGGCGCUGCUGUUCAAGCCGCUAUAUUGACAGGCGAUACUUCUAAUAAUGUUAAAGAUUUGCUAUUGCUUGACGUCGCACCAUUAUCAUUGGGUAUCGAAACUGCUGGUGGAGUAAUGACCACUUUGAUCAAACGAAACACUACCAUACCGACUAAACAAACGCAAACAUUCACCACCUAUGCCGACAAUCAGCCUGCUGUCACUAUUCAAGUUUAUGAAGGUGAACGAGCAAUGACCAAAGAUAACAACCGCCUUGGCACGUUCGAUCUGACUGGAAUUCCACCUGCACCAAGAGGUGUUCCACAAAUUGAAGUCACCUUUGAUGUAGAUGCAAACGGUAUAUUGAAUGUAUCUGCAGUCGAUAAAAGCACUGGACGACAGAACAAAAUCACUAUCACCAAUGACAAAGGCCGCUUGUCGAAAGCCGACAUUGAAAAAAUGGUUAAUGAAGCGGAACAGUAUCGUGAAGAAGAUGAACGACAACGUGAACGAAUUUCAGCCAAAAACCAAUUGGAAGCUUAUGCAUUCCAAUUGAAAUCGACGAUGGAAGAAGAAGCUAUCAAAUCGAAGCUUUCGGAAGAAGACAGAAAAACGGUUUUGAACAAAGUGGAAGAAACAUUACGAUGGCUGGAUUCGAACCAAUUGGCCGAUAAAGAAGAAUACGAACAUCGACAAAAAGAAUUGGAAAGUGCUUGUCGCCCGAUCAUGACGAAAAUCUACCAACAACAACAACAGCAACAUCCUGGCGCUCCUGGUGCUAAUGGAUCUUGUGGUAGUAACGCAUAUCCCGGCUACGGUGGAUUCAACUCGAACAACGAUGGACCAGUAGUCGAAGAAGUUAACUAAUCUAAUCAAUCAAUAAUAGAUGUAAAGUAAUUGGCAUGAUCUCGACACAUAGUUCAUUAAUAUAUCAUAACAUCAUAAUAAUGUAUUAGUCAUAAUUUUAUUGUAUAA